AUGGCUACCAGGCCACAGAUAGCAGCAGACUCAACGGGCAUCUUCGUGAUGGUAAUGACCUUGGUAGAGAUGCUGCAGCAGAGCCGGAAAACGCCUGUGACCUUUCGAGGCUGUGCACAACUACACCAGGACCACAAGAUUACGUUGCUUGUGCCACUAAAGAAGAAGAAGCGGGCGAAGGUUAAACUUGGAGAGCUGUCGAGCUGGAUACUGAUGCGGGACUUCACCCCCAGCGGCAGUGCAGGAGCCUUUCAGAGAGGUUAUGACCAGUAUUAGAAGUGCAUCAACAUUCGGAAAGGCAGCAUCUUGGGGAUGAACACGGUGCUGGCGGCCUACAUGGUUUUCAGCUAUUACAUCUCUUACAAGGAACUCAAACACAAGCAAGUUCCACUGAAGAGGGGUCGCUAUGGAGGGCACUUCACGGCUGAGCACAACCUCCUGCCCCGCUCCAAUCCGUGA